CCCAAAUCCAUGUCAGUAUUAGUGAUGAGUUAAUACUCGAAACAUUUACACAUCUGUGAAGGCUAUAAAAAUGGUCACUCCUCCUAUUCUCUGUUGACUCCAUGACCAGGCAGAACUUGCCAUUAUGUAUCAAGACAACGGGACUUCUGCAGAGAAACAAAGCCGCCGCCGCCAUUGCUUGCGGCGGCAAAUGGAAUACACAACUGAGAAAUCUCUCAAAACAAGGCCAAUACAAGCAAGCCCUGAUUCUCUACCGCCAAAUGCUGCGUUCUGGCGCCACCCAGAACGCCUUCACCUUCCCCUUCAUUCUCAAGUCCUCAGCCGCCUUAUCCAUGCCUCUUCCCGGAGUGCAGCUCCACUGCCACGUGAUCAAGUCCGGUUGCCACUCUGAACCCUUCGUUCAAACGGCCUUAAUUUCGAUGUACUGUAGGUUUUCUUUACUUGAGAAGGCGUAUAAUGUGUUCGAUGAAAUUCCUGACUCGGCUAGACUGACGGUUUGCUACAAUGCUUUGAUAUCUGGUUUUGUCCAGAAGAAUAGAUUGUCAAAUGGGUUGGUUUUGUUUAGUGAAAUGAGGGGUAAAGGUGUAUCGCUUAAUGAGGUUACAAUUUUGGGACUGGCUCCAGGAUGCACGGAUCCGAUGCAGUUGUACCUGGGGAUGUCGUUGCAUUGCUUGACUUGGAAAUAUGGUUUAAGCACUAUUUUGGCUGUUGCGAAUUGCUUUUUGUCAAUGUAUGUGCAUUGUGGGUCGAUUGAGUCGGCAAGGAAGUUGUUUGAUGAGAUACCUAAAAAGAGCUUGAUCACUUGGAAUGCAAUGAUAUCCGGGUACUCCCAGAAUGGACUUGGUAAAGAGGUUUUGGAUCUUUACCAGGAGAUGCAAUCCUUGGGUGUGUGCCCUGAUGAGGUGACAUUUGUUGGUGUCUUAUCAUCUUGUGCUAACCUUGGCGCACAAAGAAUUGGUCGUGAGGUAGAAGAGAAGAUAGAUUGUUUAGGAAUUGGAUUUAAUCCCUUUUUAAAGAAUUCAUUAAUUAGCAUGUAUGCUAGGUGCGGUAACCUGAUGAGGGCCCGGGCUAUUUUUGAUGCUAUGCCCGAGAAGAAUUUGGUGUCAUGGACAGCAAUCUUAGGUGGCUAUGGAAUGCAUGGACAUGGAGAGGUUGCUGUGGAGCUCUUUGAUCAGAUGAUUGGGGCAGGUAUUCAGCCAGAUAAAGCGGUUUUUGUUUGCGUUCUGACUGCAUGUAGUCAUGCUGGGCUUACCGAGAAGGGGUUGGAAUAUUUUCACUCAAUGCAGAGGAAAUAUAACUUGAAUCCUGGUUCAGAACACUACUCUUGUGUCGUAGAUCUUUUAGGGCGGGCAGGUCGAUUGGACGAAGCUCACAACCUCAUUGAAGCAAUGCCUAUUGAGCCCGAUGGCCCUGUAUGGGGGGCCCUUUUGGGUGCUUGCAAGAUCCAUAAGAAUGUGGAUCUUGCGGAGUUAGCUUUUGAUAAGGUUGUUGAGCUUGAACCCGCAAAUAUAGGUUAUUACGUGCUAUUAUCAAAUAUUUACACUGAAGCAGGCAAUGCUGAAGGUGUGUUGAGAAUUCGGGUGAUGAUGCGAGAACGAGGACUGAAAAAGGAUCCAGGUUAUAGCUAUGUUGAAUGGAAAGGGAGGAUCCAUCUCUUUAUGGCUGGGGAUAGAAGUCAUCCUCAGGCAAAAGCGAUAUAUGCAAUGUUGGAGAAGUUGCAAGGCUUAGCGAAAAAAUGUGAUGAAAAAGAGAAUGACAAACAGGGAAGGGAUCAAAUUACCAGUAACACAGCUGUGCACAGUGAAAGACUGGCAAUUGCGUUUGCACUCCUAAAUUCGACCCCAAAAACAGAAGUUCUUGUUUUUAAAAACUUGAGGAUAUGUGGAGAUUGUCACUUUUUUGUAAAAUCAGUGAGCAAAUUUAUAAAAUGUCAAUUUGUAGUUAGAGAUGCCACCCGUUUUCACCAUUUCAGUGGUGGGUCUUGUUCUUGUAAUGACUACUGGUGAAACCUUUGACUCAGGUAAAUAUUAUUAUUUUCCAAA